AUGUCGACUUAUGGCCAUGGGGGCCGUCGUGCCCCAUCAAAUGAUUCUCUCGUCCCCGGAAAACUGUCGCGUCCUAGCUUCAACACCUCCGCUUCCACUCAAAGUCUGCGCACACUUCGGUCCCAAGCAGCAAAACCGACUGCGGCCUGGACGGGAAAAGAUAGAGUCUUGGCGGCAUCUGUGGUGGACGAUCCAUCCAGAGCAAUUACUGCCUUGCCUUCAGUCAACUGUUCUGUCCCGCAUCCGACUCAGAGACUAUCACUGCUUCCACGUCCUAGCAUUGAGGGGACAAGAUCCCUCUCAUCUCCAGCAUCGACAGUGUCGCCGCACACUCCCGCCUCGUCAAUACCCUCGUCACUCUCCAGUUCCGAUUUGACGACACCCUCCCCAUUUACAUCAAAUCACUCAGCUCCGGCGAUCGUUGGACCCAAACGCACACGUAAUGUUCUACGCCGCAAGGCACCCACGAUCGGGACACACGCGGGACACAAUGCAUCACAGAAACUGAGCCUAGUCAUCCCGUCAUCGGCUCCACCCAUCAAGUCGGGGGAUAGGAGAACAGCGACGCCUCUGACUGCACCUCUCAAGGAACCACCUCGAUAUCACGGCAAGGCGGAGAUACCAGACCCUCUGUCACGGCAAGCCCAGAAGGUUCAGGAGCCGGCUGAGCUGGCAAGUCUUCGCACGACUGCUCAUUUGCAAAGCAUACCUCUUCCUCCUGCAACUCACUAUCCUUCUGCGGACACACCUUCGACUCGUUAUUCCGAAUCUCCCGGCGUUCCAAGCAUUUGGAGUCGAGGCUCAACCCCAACUUCCUUGUCGUCCUAUUCUCCGGGGAUCACCAACUCGUCCAAGUUCAGUCGGAUGAGACAGCCUAGCCCAUCUCAGAGCCGACUUCCUUUCUUCUCACCCUCAUCCACUCCCAUCAGUCCUCAGAACGCUCCCAUAGAGCGACCAGGUUCGAAGCCCCAGAGAUCAGGCCUACCACGGAGAUCUCUGGGACUAGCCUCAGCAACCAUCCAAACUGGAGGUAGCCAAAGCAGUCGCGAAGAGACUGCCCACAGUGAUGAUGGGCACUUAGGCCGUCCGUCGCAACAGGAACAAUUGACCGAAUGCAGUCCGCCCAGAGAUGGUCCAUCUAGGAAUCCAGAUAUUGAUAUCGAUGUGGCAAAGAAAGAGGUUGAACAAGUGGAGCGCGAACUUCUCAGUCUACAACGAACAAGAUCGCUAUCCGUAACGAGAGCGGCCGGACCAAGUGUCCCACAAACACCUCCUCGACCAAGUCGUGAAGGCACACACCAACUGGAUUUGGAAAGCUCACCUGUGAUUCGAAGCAACCUGCCUUAUCUCCGAUCGACAGGACACAAAAGGCGAGAGUCCAUAGAGGCAAAUCGGAACGCCUUGUCUCAGUCUACUCUGGUCUCCACGGAUUCGCUCCCUUUGACCAAAAAUCUCUCUCGACGGCCUUCUGGAGAGAUUAGCUCCCCACCGCUCGUUCGAAAAGUACCAAAAACUUUGGCCAAGGAGCUUCCCCUCGAGGCUGCCCACGCCAACCCACCGAACGCACCAAAAAGAUUCGGCUUCUUCUCCAGAAAGUCUAGAAACACCUCGGAGGCCGACUCCGACGACAAGGCUCGGGCGACGAGAAAAGGGCCGGCCGCGGGAACUGGCCACGAAGGGUAUGGGAAGUAUUCUUCUCAACGCGGCCGCAAGCCGAGCUCCAGUAGUGCAAGUGGGGCGAGGGCGCGCUCGACCAGCACAACCAGAAGCACAUCUCACUCGGUCACAAGCCGAAAAGGGAGCACCUCUUCCAGUCGACCAGAUGUUAAUUUGGAUGAAUUUCUUUCUAGUCGUCUCGAGCCUGUAAUCAUCAGUGGCGGGGGUAUGGACGGUGCAGCCCUAUCGCGGACUGUGAGUGAACAAAGUAUCAGCAGCAUGAGCGCGACCUCGUCCAACCUCCCCCGGCAAGCUACCCUCACCCCAUCUACUGUUCAGUCGGCGGAAUCUCUGGCAGCGUCCAUCGGGACCUCUAGUGAUUUGGACCCAGCCGGCGAGGUAGGGAACCCAUCAGUAAGCAGGAAGAAUCGGCCUACUCAACCGCCUUCUGAGCGCCGAGCAUCGCGUUCUCGCAUGCCUGUUCCUACAACAAAAAACCAAUCUGGAUUCUAUUCGCUCCCUGGCGCCGUCACAACUAGCACUGCAUUGUCCGGUAACACCUCGAGUACUAUUAUCUUGCCGGGAGCGAAGGCCGCGCCUACUGCACCUGCCCAUCAAGAGAAUGCGACAAAAAGCGAUUCCACGCAGAUCAAAAAAGAGAGACCUUCUCGAUGGAACCUCUUCCAGAGAGGUCGGAGCAGUGAAUCUGUCGAUGCUACAGACACCAAAGUGCCCACUCCCUUACAAACAGCCCACUUGCAUGCGGCAAUCUCCCCUGUGCUGAAACGUCGCCCCAUUGCGCACUAUGCCCUGGUAGACACCGACUCCGACGAGCUCGAUGACAUCCUCGGUCAGAUUGAGAGCUCUCCUCCCACGGAAGAAGAGAACUACGCCAUGCCGAUCCAGGCACCCCCAAAUCUUGACCUUAAGAAACGGCAUCCUUCGACGCAGCUGCAGCCACCUCUCGUAAUCCGCAGUGAGACUGGACCAUCCACUCAAAUUUUGCCAAAGAUACUGCCAGGCCUGGAGAAUGUCAGUUUAAUGGACCCCCACGCUGGUCACAUCGUCCAACGACCGCAGCGACUUGCCUCCGUGGGUCGCAUCCCGGAAGUCGUCUCCAGGCGGGACAGACACCAUAUGCCGGCCAUGCAGUCCUUUUCUCGGCCUUUCAGCGUUGCAGAGUCACCGUCUGUGGUUGCCCCAUGGGUCGAUGCGCCAAACAGUCACAAUCCGCUGGGAGGGCUUUCAUGGACUCACAGCCCGAGCAAGCCCGGUGAGUGGGGCCACGGAUUUAACCCAGCCUUCAGUGCCCCGGAAGCCGUAAGCGCUUUGGAGUUUUUGGCUGGCCCUUUUGUUUCUGGCGAACUUCUUCAAUUCUCUCCACACAAGGGAUCCAUCUCAUCAUCCGCGAGCUCGGAGGCUACCGCCGCAGUUACCGCCGUUCCACCUCAACCGGGAACUGCACCAACCGAAGAUGAGGUAUGGAACGAGUAUGACGAUCUCAUCGAUCACGUCCUCUCCCCCGAGACGCCAGCUUCCAAAGAGCCAGCUUCCGAAGAGUGCAAUAUGGCCCAGCAGAGUGACCGAUUUGAGAAGGCGACUACAGCUAGCCGGGCCCUGCAGGAUGGGCUGAAUCAUACAAUAGCUCACCAGCCACUCCCUGCCUCAAUUGACGAGGCUUCCAGCACUUCCGAAGACGAGGAUCCGACCUAUGUGCGUCGGUCGACAAUUGUCUCAGCUCUGGAUGAGCCGCUCGCACCAUCGACCCAAGCAUCCUACAGCAAUCUCAUUGCAAGCUAUGGCGACCCUGAUGUCAUGUAUAGUCCGGUACAGCAUCCUACGCAGCCUUCACUAGACCCUGUCCAGGAGCAACAAUCCAACUUUCUUCAAUCACUUGCCGCUACACACCCUCCCAACUCCAAGAAGCACGCUGGAAGAGAGUUUCCGGGCUGCUCAGAGCGCGAGUGGGAUGCCGUCACUCACAUCAAUAUGCGAUCUGCCUCUCUCAUGACCAGUCGGUGGCUCUCCUUUGGGCGGGUUCUUUUCAGUCCCGCGCAUAAUCACGUCAAGUCUGGCACUUAUGGAAGAAUCCUCGUGAUCGAUGGGCUGGGCAAUGAUGACUGGUCUUUCUAUUGCUCUCUCACGUACCCGGACGCCGAGGUCUACAGCCUCAGUGGGCGGCCUGUCUCAACAGCCGUUCCUCAUCCGGCCGCCUGGCAACCUCCCGCCAACCACCAUACCGUCUACCAUGCCGGGUUACAGAACCCGCUACCUUUCCCGAAAGACUAUUUCACCGUUGCAGUCUUGCGAUUUCCCGCUGCCAGCUCGGAGGCGGUGCAGAGCAAUAUCAUCCAAGAAUGUCGCCGCGUGCUACGCUCCGGUGGAUAUCUGGAGAUGAGUCUUCUCGACCGGGACCUGGUCAACAUGGGUGCUCGCACUCGUAAAGCUGUCCGACGACUGAAGGAGACCACGUACCUGGCCGAUUCCGGAAUCAGCCUCAAACCCGCCAGCGACAGCAUUCAACGGCUCAUUGGCACCCAAGGGUUUGACAAUCUGCGUCGGUGCAUGGUUCGCAUUCCCGUUGCGGGCAUGGUCGUCAGGUCGUCAGGAUCGACGACCUCUUCCUCGAACAAGUCCUUAUCGGCGUCCGCAGGGACCACUACCACCUCCACCUCCACCGCCACCCUGACAACUACCCCGUCCACCGAGACUCCCGUAUCAAAUCCACUGAACCCUGGUUCCCCGUUCGAGGACAAUCUCUCUCUGGGUGAUCUUCUCUCGGAUCCCUCUCCCUCCGCGGCAAACGACGAAUCGAUUGCCAAGAUCGUGGCUCGCGUCGGUCGCUGGUGGUAUACCAAGUGCUAUGAAGAGCCGGCUCUUCAUCACCUGGACCCGAGCGAUCGCAGCCUGUGGAAUGACCGCAAGGUUCUUCGCGAGUGCCAGAAGCGCGGAACUGGUUUCCGAAUGCUGAUCGCAUAUGCACAAAAACCGAGUCAAAAACGACGCACCGCCAGUGUGUAA